UUAUAAAUUUUCAAAUUCAUUUUAGGUGACAAUGUGGAGAAAAUGGAUAAAUCCCAACCAUUGCCUAAACCGAAGCCGCUGUCGAGUGAAGUGAAAACUAUUCUAAACCGAUGCUUCAUUUGCGACACUACCCACGUGAGCCCAUGCCAUCUCAAGGUUCAUCUCGGGAGCCACAAGCAAAUGCUACCUUUCAAAUGUUCACAGUGUAGCACAGAAUCAAAUCCGAUUGUUUACACUAACAUGACGCUUCUUAACAAACACCUCGAAACGCAUGGUUUCAAAUACGUCUGUCCUCACUGUCCGUUAAGACACCGGACGAAAGGCCGGUUAGAAUUUCACUUGAAGGGCUCCCAUAGCGAUCAGGAAUCUAAACACCAAUGUGAAACGUGCGGGAAAAUUUUCACAAAUGUUAUUGCAUACUGGAAUCAUGUAAACGGUCACCAGAAUGUAAUUGCGCAACGAUUCAAAUGUGAAUUUUGUCAGAAGUGUUACACUGCACGCUUUCGGCUCCUGAGGCAUCAGGCAUUGCAUAGGAAGCAGCAACUGGCAUCUGUAGAUAAGGAAACAAAAGUAUUAAAAUCGAAAAUGACCACUCAUGAAAUGAGUAAUGCAGUCUCUGGAAAAGAGCAUCAAAACAAUACUGUGAACCCAAGAGAAGUGGCUGAUCCGUUUCUGGAACAGAUUAAAAACGACAAAAAUGGUAAUACGGAAGGAACGCACACAGGAUCAGAAGAUAUGGAGGAAAAUACUGAUGAGGAAGGCAAUGAGAAUAACGAAUUAAGUAGGUCUACAGUACCAGCAAAAAUGAAGCAAAGUACUUGGGUGAAGAAAAUUAUGCCAACAAAAUGCUACAUUUGUGGCACUGUUCUCGAAAGCGAAAAGGAUUUCUAUGGUCAUCUCAAGACCCACAAGACUAUGUUACCCUACAGAUGCUCGGAAUGUAGCACAGAAACGAAUUCUGUCGUAGUUUCCACCACGGUAGCCCUCAACAAACAUUUCCAAAAGCACAGCUUCAGAAAUGUUUGUCCACACUGCCCGUUACGAUACAGGAAAAGUCUGUCGUUAUCACUCCACAUUCGAAGCGUCCAUGGAGACCAAAAAUUCGAAUACAUCUGCGAAAUUUGCGGACUGAGGUUUGCUAGGAACAAAUAUUUUUUAUAUCGGCAACAUAUGACCGGUCACAAGAAUCUCUCGAUGCAACGAUUCAAGUGCGAACCUUGCCAGAAAAGCUUUCCGUCGCAGCGUAAUCUGAACCGGCAUAAAUCAUCUAUUUUGUGUAUACGUAACACAGCGGAGGGACCACGACAGGAAACGACUGCCCCCGAAAUCAGCAAUACAGUUGCCGAAAUGAGCAAUAUAGUCGCACAAGAAAAUGCUAUAAACUCGAGAGAGGAAGCUAACCACCUUUUACACCAGACUGAAAGCGAUAAUCGUCAAAACCCAAAUCCGAUCACGAAAAUAGAACCAACCGAUAUAGUGGAACCUAUUGAUCAUGAUAUAACCGCGAAUCAACCCAAAGAUGAGGUGAACAAUGAGAAACACGAAAACGAUUUCAAUAGCUCUGAUGAACCACCGAAAAUUGUGCUGAGUAGGAAGGUAUUGAAAAUUUAUCCAAACAAAUGCUACAUUUGUGAUACGGUCCUCAAAAACGAAAACGAUCUGAAUAAACAUCUUGAGAGCCACAAGAGUAUGCUUCCCUAUAAAUGUUCGCAGUGUAGCACAGAGGCGAAUCCCAUCAAAGCUUGGACCAUGAUAGCGCUCAACAAACAUUUCCUGAGGCAUAACUUCAAGUACGUUUGUGCACAUUGUCCGUUACGAUAUCGGAAGAAUCCUUCGCUGAAACAGCAUAUACGAAGCGUUCAUGGAGACCAAAAACUUGAAUACAACUGUGAAAUAAGCGAUCACAGUGAUCAACCCAAGCAACGAUAUAAGUGUGCAUCCUGCCAGAAUUUUUUUUCGUGUAGGAGCUCUCUUAGGAAACAUCAAGCAUCCUGCCCGUGUUUACGUAAUACCAUAAUUGAUGAAAGUUACAGUCAGGGUUCAAAAGUGAAAGCGAAUCCAAAUGAUUUCGUCGUGACAAAUAUUGGAAGCAAUCGUGGGAAAAUCAAAGGUCCUAUUGAGGAACAAGUAAAACUAGAGCCCAUCGAUAUAAAAAAUGAACCAUUUGAUUCCGAUGAUGAAGGAUUGCGAGAUGAUGGGUUAUAA